GCUUCCUAUUAGGCAUGAUGAAGUACACUGGUUCUCUCUGGGAAAAUGGCAAAGCCAUGUGGGCUUUUAAAAAUACUUAAGUGACCUAUGUUGCUGAAGAAAGAAAGACUCUGUUCUUUUGUUCCUCUGGUUCAAGAGAGCAACAGAGGAUAAUAGGCUGAUUCAUGCAUGCAUGUUCAACACUUGAUGUGUCAUCAUGUGGUGGCUUCUCAUUGGAUGCCUUUCUGCAUACCAUGUGUGAACAACCUCCAUGAAAAAUUAGUGUGGGUUGCCAACUUAAAGAACAGGUGCCCAAGUUUCCUUCCCACCCACUUCCAUUUUCCCCCCUUCUGUGUCGUGUCUUCUAAAUAGGAAGCCUUUUCCUGACUGAAAUGUUGUUAUUCUCACCCUAACCUCCAAGAGCUGAGAAACUUCACAGGUGCCAACACUUACCUUGGGUUUGAUUCCCUUGGGAUGAAGGCCACCGAACACCGUAGUGUCUUUUUGAAAUCUGGCUUUAUUUGCAAAUGUUGACAUUGUGCAUUAGACUGUCUUUUAUUGAUCAUUUUAAUAUUUAACUUUUUUCCCCGUAAACUGUUUCGAGGUUUAAUUACAGUGGUGCCUCGCUUAACGAAUGCCCUGCUUAACGAAAUUUCCGCUUAACGAAAGGAUUUUUCUAGCGGAGGUUGCCUCGCUAGAUGAAUUCGUUUUAUGAAAAAUUGUCUAGCGAAUCGCGGUUUCCCAUAGGAAUGCAUUGAAAUUCAAUUAAUGCGUUCCUAUGAGCAAAAAAAAAUUUCAAAAAAAUUCAAUGCAUUCCUAUGGGAUUCGCUAGACGAAUUUUUCAUUAUAAGAAAAGACCCAUGGAACGAAUUAAAUUCAUCUAGCGAGGUACCACUGUACAAGCAAGCGUUACAAAAAAUCUCUAAAAUAAAAAUAAAUGUGAAGAUCUGAAUUUAAGAUUGGGGGAAAAAUGAGAAACUGAAAUUGACACAAUGCACUCAUUCCUCCUUGGGAUUAGGCAAAUAGUCCCACUCUAUUCUGCAUUGCUCAGAACACACCUGUAGUACUGUGUCCAGUUCUAGGCCCCACAGUUUAAGAAGGAUAUUGACAAGCUGGGAUGUGUCAGAGGAGGGCAACCAAGAUGAUCAUGGGUCUGGAAACCAAGCCUUAUGAGGAAUGGUUGAGGGAGCUGGGUAUGUUUUGCUUGGAGAAGAGGAGACUGAGAAGGGGAUAGGGUAGCCAUCCUCAGAUAUCUGAAGGGCUGACACAUGGAAGAGGGAACAGGCCUGUUUUCUCCUGCUCUGGAGGGUAAGAACCAAACCAAUAGCUUCAAGUUACAAUAAAGAAGAUUCUGACUAAACAUCAGGAAUAAUUUUCUGACAGCAAGAGCUGUUAGGCAGUGGAAUGGUCUCCCUUGGGAGGUGGUGGACUCUCCUUCCUUAGAGAUUUUUAAGCAGAGGUUGGAAGGCCAUCUGCCAUGUAUGAUCUAGCUGAGAUUCCUAAUUGCAGGAUGAUGCUUGGAAUACCUUCCAGUGCCACAGCCAUAUGAUUCUAUGAGCAUCAUCUCAGUCAUGAUGCUGAGAUAAUAACUCCAGGAUCAGAUCUUAAAACCAGCACUAGGGAACCAUCACAGUUUAGAUCUAUUGUGCUUAUGUCUUACUUGUGGGCUUUGGAUUUGCAUCUACACUAGUUGGCUAGACAAGUACUAGAUGAUGCUCUUUUGGUGUUCUCACAGCCACAGGAAGAAGCUACUAUGAUUGUACAUGAUGGGGGGUGGGUUUCUUUCCAUCAACUUUAUUUUAGGAAAUUAAAGCCAAACAUUCAUAGAUUAUGAAAUAUUGGCUACCAAAAGUCAAGGGCAGGAAGUCCUUUUUCUAAGGGUCAGCUAAGGAUUCAACAGAAACAACUCCCUUGCACAGUGGUCUAACAUUGCCUAAUGGUAGGGCUGGCCCUGAAAGCAAAGUUUGCCAAGCUUGCAGUGGUGCUAGGGUCCCACAGUCCAACUGCCAAGAUGCUUGGUUCAAGACUUCCUCCCUCACUGCUCUACAACAUCCAGUAAUUAGUUGCUCACAACACAAGUCAACACGUCGUCGUCCCCCCCCCCCCCAGUUUUCACAUUAUUCAGCAUUAGUACGAAGAAAAGCUCUUGGGAUGAGACAAUUACAAAUAAUUCCUGACUGAAUGGUUUCGAAGAUUCCCCACUUCAUUCCAUGUGAAAUGAAAAGUACAAGGAUAAUGUGGCGUGUCUUGUGUUAAUGCAUUGAGAGUUCUCUUCGCAGGAAACGGGGAAAUCAUUGAAGAUAAGAAAUCACAAUCAUGAAGGUUGCUGAGUCAGGAAAUGUGAAUGGAGCCGCUGUGGAAACAAAAGCAGCAGACUUUUCCACUAAGGUGGAUGAAGGUACCAAGGAACUCAAAGCCAGGACAAAAACCUCAUGCUGCAAAGGGCUGAAGGCCUUCCUUGCUGCCCUGGCAUUCACCUACUUCAGUAAAGUGUUUUCUGGGGCUAUGAUGAAAAGUUCCUUCACCCAAAUGGAAAGGAGGUUCGGCAUCUCUUCCUCUACGGCUGGCUUCAUGGAUGGAGGUUUUGAACUGGGGAAUCUAUUGGUGAUUGCGUUCGUGAGUUACUUUGGGGCAAAAUUCCAUCGGCCAAGGGUGAUUGCUGUUGGAUGUUUUAUCAUGUCCCUUGGGAGUUUUUUAACAGCAAUGCCUCACUUUUUCAUGGGAUAUUAUGAAUACGAGACAUUAUCACGAGGAUCUGAGAACUCGACAUCCAACCUCUCUCCUUGCUUACUGAACCAAACAGUCCCAGAAUCACCUGGGAUGUCUGUGUCGGGCUGUGCAAAAGAAGUUGUAUCUUAUGCGUGGAUUUGUGUCUUGAUGGGGAAUCUACUACGUGGAAUAGGUGAAACACCAAUAACUCCACUGGGCAUAUCAUACCUGGAUGAUUUCUCGAGAGAAGAAGACGCUCCUUUUUAUAUUGGCUGUUUGCACACAAUAGGAAUGAUUGGUCCAAUGGCUGGGUUCCUUUUGGGAUCUCUGUUGGCCAGACUGUAUGUUGACAUUGGCUUCGUGGAUCUAGAUACAGUAACGAUAACUACAACUGAUUCCCGCUGGGUUGGCGCAUGGUGGCUGGGCUUUUUGAUGGCUGGCGUCCUCAAUCUGAUUGCCGGAAUCCCUUUCUGCUUCCUGCCUAAAAGCCUGGACAAAGAAGGAGCGAGCGCUAGUGAAAAGAAAAAACUGGAAAGUCGUGCUGAUGAAAGCCAUAUACAGAAGUCUGAAAGUCAACAGGGAGCUCGCUUCUCAAAACUGAAAGAGUUCUUUAAGUCCCUGAAGAAAACGCUGGGCAACCGAAUGUACUUUAUGUUAUUGUGCUCAUCGUUGCUGCAGUUCAACAGCUUUAUUGGUUACUUAACGUACACCCCAAAAUACAUAGAGCAGCAGUACGGUCAGCCAGCAUCCAGGUCUAACUUUGUAACAGCCGUCACGGCCGUACCAGCAGUCUGCCUUGGUAUGUUCCUAGGAGGUUUCAUCAUGAAAAAAUACAAACUUGGCAUAGUCGCCGCAACCAAAAUGGCAUAUAUACUGUCAUUUCUGGCAUUUGUCAUUUCACUUUUCUACUUAGUAGUGGGCUGUGAGAACCGCACGGUGGCUGGAUUGACAGUAUCUUAUGAUGGGAAAACAGUUGCACGGGGCGCAAAUCCUUUAUCUUCAGCCUGCAACCUGAAUUGCAACUGUGCCACAAACCAGUGGGAUCCGGUCUGUGGAGAAGACGGGAUGACAUAUGUGUCGCCUUGUUUUGCUGGAUGUAAAGCUGUGACGGGAUCCAGGAAAGACACAGUUUUUCAGAAUUGUAGCUGCAUCGAAAAGGGGGAUUCUGCGCUGAGGAAUUCCUCGGCAGUUUUGGGAGAAUGUCCAAGGACUGACAGCUGCUCAAGAAAGUUUAUUUAUUACGCAGUAAUCAAAACAACGAGUUCCUUUUUCUAUGCGCUAGGAGGGACUCCUUAUUACAUGAUCAUGAUUCGGUGCGUAGAUCCAGAAUUGAAGUCACUUGCAGUUGGUGUCUAUAUGCUUGUUUUGAGAGCUUUGGCUGGAAUUCCAGCCCCUGUUUAUUUUGGAGCAGUGAUAGACAGGGCUUGCUUGAAGUGGGCAAGCAGCAGCUGCGGCAAGCGAGGAGCUUGCAUGCUUUAUGAUGCGACUGUGUACAGACAUUAUUUCUUGGGUCUAACAUUUGGCUUAAGAGCUCCAUCCUAUCUGCUGGGCUUUGUCUUCUUCUUGCUCGUAAAGAAACAUUUUGGAGCAAAACAGGCUGAUUCCCCUGAAACCAGGAGGAAAGAAGAUGCUCUGAAUGGGGAAACGAAGCUUAAUGGUGCCGAACCUAUGGCAAGCCUUUCAGAUGCAGAAAUGGACACCUGCAUCUAGCACAAAUGGACCACCACACUGCACUUAGGCAAUCAUGCACAGACCAUUGGAGGGGGGGCAUCUUGACUAUAUCAAAGAUUAAAUUGUCCAACACAGCAGUGCAUUAUUUAAUAGCAUUUGUU